AUGGAAUCGACAACAGAAGCCGCCGCCGACCGACGAAGCGAUGAGACAGUCAGCAAAGGCAAAGACAAGGAUCCCAAGACGAAAUCACCUCCGAGGACGAAGACACCACCUGACGUCUCCGAGGUCAAGCCCACGACGCAGCAACACCAGUCGCCGCCGGAGGCCGAGAUAGAGACUGAUGACACAGCAACCAUCGAAGUUGAUUCACGACACAAUUAUGACUCUGCAAGUGAUGCCGGAUACGGGACAGACGAGGCCGGAUCAACUGCCUCGACCUCAAUAUCUAGCAGCAUCCGCGACUAUGCUUUUGAGAACAACCGGCGUUACCACAAAUACCAGGAGGGUCGGUACCAGUUUCCAAACGAUGAGCCCGAACAGGAGAGAGAAGACAUGAAGCACUCCAUGAUUGUCAACCUUUGCGAUGGCAGGCUGCACUUUGCGCCUUUGCACAACCCGCAGCGGAUUUUGGAUGUCGGGACUGGAACGGGUAUUUGGGCCACUGACAUGGGUGACGAGUAUCCAGAAGCAGACGUCCAAGGCAUAGACCUAAGUCCCAUUCAACCACAAUGGGUCCCCCCAAAUGUGCACUUCAUCCUCGACGACGCCGAAGCGGAAUGGGUCUAUCCCGAGAACUCACUAGAUUACAUUCAUCUCCGACACAUGACAUCGUCAAUCCGAGACUGGCCACUACUAGUUUCCAGAGCAUACGAAGCCCUCGCACCCGGGGGCUGGAUUGAAAUGCAAGAACUCAUGUUUGACCUACGAUGCGACGACGACUCUGUCCGGCCGGGAAACAUGGUAGCCGGCUUCUUCGACAAUAUGAAGAAGGGACUUGAAUCCUUUGGGGUGGACUUGCUAGCGAUGCGGAAGAAUCAGCAAUUCCUUCUUGACGCGGGCUUCAUUCAUGUUCAGGAGGUCCCACGCAAGGUUCCCGUCGGUGUGUGGCCCAAGGGGCAGAAGAUGAAGACUAUUGGCCUUUACAACAGGAGCAUGAUUUACGAUGCCUUGUCUGGCGUGUCAAUAAAGCCGUUUAAACAUGGUUUGAAGUGGCCGCAGGAGGAGAUUGAGCUUUAUUUGGUUGGGGUGAGGAAGGAUUUGAUGGACAGUUCGCAGCAUGGAUAUAUCCCUUUUCAUGUGGUUAUUGGUCAGAAGCCGGAAUAG